UUUUGGUGUUCAGCACACUUGUGGUGAGUGGUUUAAGCUUGGGGUGAUUUUAUUUCCCUUUUAGCGGCGAAUCCCUCUUCUUUCGGAAGCCAGCUAACCAGUUAUCUCAACUAGCUUAGCUAUAGCUAUAUCGACCGGGAAAGAGGGUUCAAGCAAGAAGACACGACAGCCAUGGCUUAAACUGGCUCCUGUGUGUUGAAUCGUAUAUUUUGAAGUGAGCAGCCCCGCAGCAGCACACGGAGCCCUCCCCUCUCAUCGCGGUUGGGCAACCUUUCUAGACCGUUCUGCUCCCCAUACAUGCAUGGAUACUGAGUUUCAGCAGUUACCGCAAAACGGGGCUUCUUUUAGUCCACUGUUCAAGACGGAGGAAGCGGCAAGCAGCAAGAGGGAAUGAAAGACUGUCUGAUGGCAAUUCUGGACACAUGUUGAGCUGAAAGACCACAGCAUCCUGCUGACCCUCCUUUAACGGAUUCAUUUUUCCAGCUUUCCUCGCCUUAGUUUGCUUGCUGGUUGAGUAAUAGUUUUGCCGAUUGUUUUUUGCAGCUUUUUGAAAACUAUGGAUCUGGGUAAAAUGGCAGUGAGCAUCAACAAGGCUAUCAACACACAGGAGGUCGCUGUCAAGGAGAAGCACGCCAGGACCUGCAUUUUGGGCACGCACCAUGAGAAAGGUGCCCACACCUUCUGGGCGGCGGUCAACCGCCUGCCCCUCUCCAGCAAUGCCGUGCUGUGCUGGAAGUUCUGCCACGUCUUCCACAAACUGCUCCGAGACGGACACCCCAACGUGAUAAAGGACUCCAUGAGAAACAAAGCUGACCUGAACGACAUGAGCAGGAUGUGGGGUCACCUGAGUGAGGGAUAUGGCAAGCUGUGCAGUAUCUACCUCAAACUGCUCAUCACCAAAAUGGAGUUCCACAUCAAAAAUCCCCGUUUCCCUGGCAACCUACAGAUGACAGACAGACAGCUCGAUGAAGCUGGAGAAAAUGAUGUCAACAAUUUCUUCCAGAUGACUGUGGAGAUGUUUGACUACCUAGAGUGUGAACUGAACCUCUUCCUGGGAGUGUUCAGCUCCCUGGACAUGUCGCGCUCUGUGUCGGUCACCGCGGCGGGGCAGUGUCGCCUGGCCCCCCUCAUCCAGGUGAUCCUGGACUGCAGCCACCUGUACGACUACACCGUCAAGCUGCUCUUCAAGCUGCACUCCUGCCUUCCCGCAGAGACGCUCCAGGGCCACAGGGACCGCUUCCAGGAGCAGUUUAGGAAGCUGAAGAGUCUGUUCUACCGCUCCAGUAACCUGCAGUAUUUCAAGAGACUGAUUCAAAUCCCACAGCUACCCGAGAACCCCCCAAAUUUCCUGCGCGCCUCAGCACUGUCAGAGCACAUCAGCCCUGUGGUGGUCAUCCCCCUGGAGGCGUCGUCCCCGGAGAGCGAGCAUGUGGUGGAGACCGAGGACCUAGUGGACACAGACAUCCCCGCCCAGCCGAGCUCCGUGGAGAACAAGUUUGACGACAUCUUCGGCACGUCCUCUGCCUCCGACCCUUUCAACUUCAACAGUCAGAACGGCAUGUACAAGGAUGACAAGGACCGUCUGAUCGAGCAGCUCACCCGAGAGCUCAAGACCUUGAAGGAGGAGCUGGAGUCCUUCAGAGCAGAGAGCGCACGCCUGUGCCAGGCUCUGCGGGGGCGUGUCAGCGAGCUGGAGGCGGAGCUGGCGGAGCAGAGCCACCUGAAGCAGCAGGCCCUGGGGGAGAGCGAGUUCCUGCGGGCGGAGCUGGAGGACCUGCGCCGGGUCAAGGAGGACACGGAGAAGGAGCAGCGCAGCCUGACUGAAAUCGAGAGGAAGGCUCAGGCCAACGAGCAGCGCUACACCAAGCUGAAGGAGAAGUACACGGCGCUAGUGCAGAGCCACGCUGAUCUGCUGAGAAAGAACGCAGAGGUGACCCGGCAGAUGACGGUGGCGCGGGCGGCGCAGGACGAGGUGGAGAGUGUGAGGAAGGAGAUGCAGGAGAAGGUGAAGGCUGCUGCCGAGGAGGCCCAGCAGCGGGAGCAGGAGCAGGCGGAGCAGCUGCAGGCCCUGCAGGGGGAGCUCCAGAGCAGCAGGGAGGAGCUCGACAGCCUGAGGGAGAGCAUGACAUCCUCCCAGCAGUCCAACGAGCAGCUCAGCUCGCAGCUCUCCGCUCUGGAAGAGGAGAGGACGCAGCUGGCCGAGACGGUGGCGCAGAAGGAGGCGGAGCUGACGGGGCUGGGGGCGGAGCUGGAGCGCCUGCAGGGCAGCCUGACCAGCGAGCGGGAGAGCGGGGUCAAGGUGGCCGAGACCUUACAGAACCAGCUCAACGAGAAGGAGAGCCGGGAGCAGGCCCUGGAGAGUCAGCUGGUGGCAGCGCGCUGGGCCGCCCUGCAGGGGGCGCUGGAGGAGGCAGAGCAGAUCAUACAGGAUUCUCUGACCCGGCUGGAGGACCCGGCACACACGAGCUGCACCAGCUCCGCAGAUUACCUGGUGUCCAGGUGCGAGACUGCGCUGGACUGCGUGGACAGGCUGCAGGCUGCCAGGGAUCACUACCUGUCUGACAACACAGAUGUGUCCGAGAUGCUGCGCUCCAUAGCUCAAUUCGCCCACCUGCUCAGCGACACCAUAGUGCAGGGCAGCGCCACAUCCCACAUGGUGCCCGUGGAGCAGAGCGACUCGCUGGCGGAGGAUGUGAAGGCGUGUGGCACCGAGGCCUUGGUGCUGCUGGGCCAGCUGAAGGAUAAGGAGACCCUGGCUGCCGCCGACAGCGCCAAGCUGAGGACGGCGCUGGGCAACAUCAAAGCCAUGGCCGAGAAGCUGAGGCCGCGCGGCCUGGAGCUGCAGCAGGGGGAGCUGGGAGAUCUGGUGGAGCAGGAGAUGGCCGCCACCUCCGCCGCCGUGGAGUCUGCAGCUGCCAGGAUCGAGGAAAUGCUGAGCAAGUCGCGAGCUGUCGACACAGGGGUUAAAAUGGAGGUCAACGAAAGGAUCCUGGCCUCCUGCACUGACCUGAUGCAGGCCAUCAAAGUGCUGGUGCUGGCCUCUAAAGACCUGCAGAGGGACAUUGUGGAGAGCGGCAGGGGGGCGGCUUCAAUGAGGGAGUUCUACGCCAAGAAUUCGCGGUGGACAGAAGGACUGAUCUCGGCAUCCAAGGCAGUGGGCUGGGGCGCCACAGUGAUGGUGGAUGCUGCUGACCUGGUGGUGCAGGGCCAGGGCAAGUUUGAGGAGCUGAUGGUGUGCUCCCAUGAAAUCGCAGCCAGCACUGCGCAGCUGGUGGCUGCAUCCAAGGUGAAGGCUGAUAAGGACAGUCCCAACCUGGCCCGUCUGCAACAGGCGUCCCGGGGUGUCACCCAGGCAACUGCAGGGGUGGUGGCAUCGACCAAAUCUGGCAAAUCCCAGAUCGAGGACACAGACACCAUGGACUUCUCCAGCAUGACGCUCACGCAGAUAAAGAGGCAGGAGAUGGACUCCCAGGUGCGGGUGCUGGAGCUGGAGACACGCCUGCAGAAGGAGCGGGAGCGUUUGGGGGAGCUGAGAAAGAAGCACUACGAGCUGGCCGGGGUGGCGGAGGGCUGGGGGGAGGAGGAAGGCACAGGCUGAGGCCCAGGCCAGCUCUCACACAGCCCGCCUCAGAGCCGGCUCCUCUCUGCCUCUACCUACUACAUUCUACUGUUUCUACACUCUCCGCUCUUUCCUCCCCUCAAGCUCCCUCUCAUUUAAAUGAACUCGAAGCCAAAUAAAAAGGUGCUCUUUUUUAAACCCCUCGUCCUGCAGCUCUGGCUUACGGAAGCUUCCACUCUAUGAAGUAAUGAUCGGCGAGCACGGAGAGGGAGGAGGGUGAUGCAGUGCCAGGAACGGGAUGCCUCUAGCACCACCUGCUGGACUGUCGAUGAACUGCAAGCUUGCCGUGGCACCAUCUUCCUGUUAUUAUUUAUUUGAUUUUGAUUUAUUUUCCUUCUUCCAAUAUGAGGAGAGUCGGCUUUCCGUUGAGAACUCCAUCAGCGCUCUUCCACCUCACAGCCCAUGAAGACUGUUAGACUGCAUGCCGUUCUUUAGGUCUGUUCCUCCCAUGCUGACACUGCAGUCCCCCUCUCAAUUACCCAGAAUGCAGCGCUGCCGUCUGACCUGAAUUACCCCUGUCCAGUGGCAGCAGGUGCAACAAGACCCCCGGCACCAACCACUGCACUGUCCCAGGAGUGCGGUGUAACCCAGUCUCUUCCCACGUGGAGCGACGCGCCUUGCCCAGCCGGUUUACCUGUGACCCACAUGCAGACACCCAUCGGAGAAUCCCACCCCGCCCGGCUCCCCCCCAAGCAGUGCUCUUGCACCUAACCCCUCACCUCACCCCAGCAUAGACCGCCCCCUGCUGUUCAGUCUGCACGCGGGCCCUUUGUGAGGUUUAUUUGACUGUUUCCCGCUUGUCGUAUCGCUCACCUCGUUGUGGUUUGUGCGGUGAUCACAGCACAGAUAUGUGAAGUCGUGCUCAUACACUGUGGUCCUCCGGAGGGGGUGGUGCUGGGGUAGACUGUUACAGAGGCGGCCAUGGGGGCCCACCCCCUCCAUGUUUCUGUUGAGUGUUCCUUGCUGUGUCACAUGCGUGCUUCUAGCUGAAGACCUGUUAGCAGUUUUUACUACUCACCUAAUAUAUGAUGGACCCCAGUUCGACAGGUUGGGUUCCCAGAACUGAAGCCUUUGAACUCGUGUUUCAUACACAGACCAUGACUGAGAUGGAACUGACUGUUUUGAGAUCAUCCAGCAGCCCUAAUACUGCAGUGUCUAAUUGACCAAACCUGGAUUCCCUGCAUAUAGUCAAAGUAGAGCACCUGACCAGAACACAAUUUUGCUGCCAAAAUGUGUGACUUUAACAUUGUAAACGAGUAUAGGCUGUCAGGCCAGCAGUGUUUUUUUGCCUUUAAAGCAUUCAAGUAACUGCCAAAAUAUAAUGCACUCAUACAGACUACCUACUCGAUAAUAUAGCUAGACUAACAAACUAGGCUUGUGUGAUAUUUUAAAGCUCAUAUGUGUAACUCUGCUGCACCCCCCC